GAAACACCGCUGCCGGCCGCACCGCGGGGCUGCGCGCCUCUCCGCGCCCCGCUCGCCCUGCCCCCGCAGGCAGAGGAACCGGGGGGAGGGCGGCAAGGGUGUGCUGCGUGGGGGAUUAGUGGGACGCUGCGGCCCCGCCUUCCCUCUUCGCAUCCCAGGCGCGAUGAGAGGGGGAGAUGGACCCGAGCCGGCGGGACUGGCACCAUGACAUUCGCCGGCUUCGUGGUGGCGCUGGUGAUAGGGACGAUCCCCGGAGCCCGCGGGCUGGGGCAGGUCUCCGUCAGCCUCCCGGCCGCCCGCCACCCGCAGCCGCACGCCCUGGCCCCGCCGCCGCCCCCCGCCGGCUGCCCCGCCGCGCUGCCCGGGGGCGGCUUCGCUACAGUCGAGCGCCCUUGGCCACCGGCGGCGCCCGCUCUCCCGCGGCGCGGACCGGCGCGCCGGGCGCCGCGAGGCCGCCGCAGCUCCUGUGCCCUGCCCGGCGCCGGCAGGCGGCCCGGCUGCGACUCUGGCAGCGGCCGGGGCCGGGCGGAGCGCGGCCGCACUGACUGCGAGCGAGGGUCAGUGAGACUCCAGGGUGGCAAGAAUGAGUUUGAAGGUAUAGUGGAGGUUUAUUUGAAUGGAAUCUGGGGAACAAUCUGUGGGAGCCACUGGGACAAUAAUGAUGCAACAGUCAUAUGUCGACAGCUUGCACUUGGUGAAAAAGGUACAGCAAAAUACAUACCAUUUUCUGCACUGGGACUUAUUCCUGUUUACUGGAGUGAAGUGCGUUGUCGUGGUGAUGAAGAAACUAUACUGUUAUGUGAAAAAGACGUCUGGCAGGAUGGAACAUGUCCACAAAAAAUGGCAGCUGCUGUCACAUGUAGCUCUUCCCUGGGUAAAAAAACCUCUGUCUUUACUCCGAUCCGUCUGGCUGGUGGGAACAAUGCUUAUGAAGGAAGAGUAGAAGUCUACCACGCUGGCCAGUGGGGAACUGUCUGUGAUGAUCAGUGGGAUGACGCAGAUGCUGAAGUCGUCUGUCGGCAGCUUGGCCUUGGGGGUGUUGCCAAGGCAUGGGGCCAGGCUCACUUUGGAGAAGGCUCAGGCCCCGUGCUGCUGGAUGAAGUGCGAUGCACGGGAAACGAACUCUCUAUAGAACAGUGUUCUAAAAGCUCCUGGCGAGAACACAACUGUGGCCACAAAGAAGAUGCUGGCGUUUCCUGUACACCUCUUACAGAUGGUGCAUUAAGACUAACAAGUGGGAAAGGCAGUCAUGAGGGACGCCUGGAGGUCUAUUAUACUGGGCAGUGGGGCACAGUCUGCGAUGAUGGGUGGACAGAGCUGAAUACACAGGUGGUUUGCCGGCAGCUGGGAUUUAAGUAUGGAAAAAGUGCACCUGAGAGCUACUCAGAAGGAAGCUCUGGGCCUAUCUGGUUGGAUGAUGUCAGCUGCUCAGGGAAGGAGACAAACCUUCUGCAGUGCUCAAGGAGAGAGUGGGGAAAGCACGACUGUAACCAUCAGGAGGAUGUCAGACUCAUUUGCCACCCAGAUAACGACAGCCAUAAACUUUCACUUGGCCCUCCCAUCAGGCUGAUGGAUGGUGAGAAUAAGAAGGAAGGACGUGUAGAGAUUUUUAUCAAUGGCCAGUGGGGCACAAUUUGUGAUGAUGGAUGGUCUGAUAAGGAUGCCGCUGUAGUCUGUCGACAGCUUGGCUACAAAGGUCCAGCUAGAGCAAGGACAAUGGCAUAUUUUGGGGAGGGCAAAGGCCCAAUCCACGUGGAUAACGUGAAGUGCACAGGAAAUGAGAGAUCCUUGGCAGACUGCAUUAAACAAGACAUUGGAAUGCACAACUGUCGGCACAGCGAGGACGCGGGGGUGAUCUGUGACCACCUCAGCAAGAUGGCCCCCGUAAACAGCAAUAAAGAUUCUCUUGCUUCUGUUUGUGGAUUGAGGUUACUACAUCGUCGACAAAAGCGAAUAAUUGGUGGGAAAAAUUCUUUACGGGGCGGCUGGCCAUGGCAGGUUGCACUUCGACUGAAAUCUUCUCAUGGUGAUGGAAGACUCUUGUGUGGUGCUACUCUUAUCAGCAGCUGCUGGGUCCUCACUGCUGCACACUGCUUUAAAAGGUAUGGCAACAACACACGGAACUAUGCUGUGCGAGUUGGAGACUAUCACACACUGGUACCAGAAGAGUACGAGGAAGAAAUUGGAGUCCAACAGAUUAUGAUGCAUAAAGAGUACAAGCCCAACAGCAGUGACUAUGACAUUGCAUUGGUGAGGCUACAGGGGCCAGAGGAACAGUGUGCCAGAUUCAGUACCCACGUCUUACCUGCUUGUUUGCCAUUAAGGAGAGAGAGACCACAGAAAACUGCUCCAAACUGUUAUAUCACUGGAUGGGGUGACACAGGAAGGGCUUAUUCAAGAACAUUACAACAAGCUGCCAUCCCCUUACUUCCCAAGAGGAUAUGUGAAGAGCGUUACAAAAGAAGAUUCACAGGAAGAAUGCUCUGUGCUGGAAAUGUCCAGGAACAGAAACGUGUUGAUAGCUGCCAAGGAGACAGUGGCGGACCACUGAUGUGUGAACGCCCAGGGGAAAGCUGGGUUGUGUAUGGCGUGACCUCCUGGGGCUAUGGCUGUGGAGUGAAAGAUUCUCCAGGUGUCUACACAAAAGUAUCAUCUUUUGUACCCUGGAUAAAAAGUGUGACCAAAUUAUGAACAUCUGAAAUGAAAAACAAACUUUGUUAACAAAGUUUGAGGCAGGACAACUUGAACAGCACAGACAGUGCACAGCUGGGGCCCACAGUGGGUGGAAAUGGACACAUUCAUGUCUCUUCAUUAAAUCCAAGCUGUAUACACACAACCUUUCCAGUUAUGGGUUACUAUCCAAACAAAAUCCCUCUGUGUUGAGGAAGUUUAUAUUGCAUGAACAAGUUACCAUGUAUUUAAAAGAAGGGGAAAAAUGAUAGCCAGUUUAGAGUAACAUUGGAGCAGGACAGCUGGAGAGUUCACUAUGAGAUUCACUGCCCACAGGAAGACUCUAGUCCAAGCUAUUUAUGUUCUGAACUUCGCUAGAAUUACUUGCACAUCUCAGAAUUAAUCUUCAGUCUAGUUUGUUUAAUCACUUCUUGACUGGUAUCUUAUUAUUCCUAUGAUCUUAUACUUAGCCGGCUAAUUUUGACUCAUGUUUCAUUAGAUAAUGAGACAGGUUGACUCCUGGUGAUUAAUUCUGCAUAUGCAUUAAACAUUAGAAGGAAAAUAACUGUAAAUAAUCAGAUCAACAGCUAUUCUGAUAAACGUUCUCACAGCUUAUUGUGCAUAAAAUACAUUCCCAAGUAAAACAGGUAGUACACUGCAAGUUAGUUUCCCUGCAAACAUCCUGCACAGUUGCAAGAGCUAGAUCAAAAACAAAUGACCUCUUAUUUUCUUUCUUCUAGAAAAAUACAGUUUGUCUUCUUUCUGAAAUUCCUAACUUUUAGUACAUACAGCAUUUCAGAGAGAAUUUACUUUUCAUAUUUACCACUAGCUGUCAGUACAAUAUCAGACUAACAAAUAUCCAAUGCUCUCAUUGCUGGCUUGGAGGGGCUUUACUCAAGUAACACAAAGAAGCUUUGCCAAUCUUACAAGAGAAAGUUGGAAGUAUGUACAAUACAAAUAUUGGAGCUGUUGAGACAAUACUUGUCUGAAAAGGUCUGUGAAGUCUUGAACUACUAUUUUCUACACUAUAAUGCUUAGACAACUCUCUCCUGCUUAGUUGCAACACUGAUUCAGACUGAUCUUACAGGAAAGAUGAGAGUUAUUUGAAACCAGUAAUUGCAGAACACUUGUGUAUCUUUUAUCUAAUAACUACUUAGAUUUCUCACAGUGAUUUAUGACACUAGAUUAAAAAUUCAGUCAUAUGGUCCUUAAUACCCUCUCCUAUUCUAAAUAUAAUUUAGAAAUACCUAUGAGUUAGAUAGUUUUCGGUGACUGCUAUAAAAUUGACAUAUCUUAAUUUCAUUUAACUCCUUUUACAAAUACUGUUAGCUACUCUAUAGAAACCUUAAUGGAUUAUUAUAGAAAUGGCCUGAUUAAAAGUUACUCUUGAUGAACAAGAUAAAUAUAAAACAAUUUACUGUCCUUUUAGAAAGGGCCACUGCAUUGAACUUAUCACACAGAACAGAGGAAAUAAUUAUUAUCUUAGUGCAACAUUAAUGAGUAUCAGUCUUAAAAAUAUCUGAGACUAGAGUCAAGAGUGAAACAGGAGAGUUCAGUGGUACCUCUGCAACCCCGUCAAAGACCGUUCUGUGUGCUCUACAUAUUAUCUUAACAACAAGCUUCUUAAAAAGCUGAAACGAAAGCUCUGUGGCCCAUGAAGCACUCCAGUGUGACAAGUGUGGCAGAUGCGUGUCACCACAUAGUGACUGUACAAACUGUGACUACAAGUGACUGUUUUCUUGUGUUUCCUAUCCCCAUACACUCCGGCUAUGACGAUGUUGUGUGGCCUUUUGUGAACAAAGUGGGAUGCUCGUAUUCAUGUUGUAAGUGGGCAAUCAUUCAUUUCUGUAUGGUUCUAUGUCCCUCUGGUGUUGUAACAAUUAUCUAAGACAACUCAAUUUACAUACAAACUGGCAAUGAUUUGUGGAAGCCCAUGUGAUGAAAGACUUUGCUCUUAAUUUCUCUCAGACCUCAAACUUAGUUUUCAAGUGUAAUGACUAGUUUAAAUAUCUUGUUGGAACUGGUGCUAAACUGGUAUGUGAGGUGCUUGAAUAUAUUUUAGUUUUCUGUAAUUACACACUAUUUGAAAUAGUGUGAAAUAUUAAAAACUUAAUAAAAUCAUUGUACUGUGACCAUCUACUGUUAUACCUAUGUGAAACACUCUGCUAGUCAACUUUAAAGCCAUUUAUUUUUACUUAUACCUAGCCCUUUUAAUUAAAGGAAAGAAGAAAAUAUGUCAAAAGGUAUCAAUUUGUACCAUCAAAGCUUUGCUCUACAAGACCCAUUAUUUUGAAACUUGUGGUGAAGUAGGCUAGGUAGUGCAAUAUGUGUUGUGUACAGGGGAAAUCGUAAUUUUCUUUUAGAAGUUGCACCAACAAAUACAAUAUGGGGGAGGGGAGGAACAAACAAAAACAACUCUGCACACUAAAUGUAGUAAAUAUUUAGAUUUAGUACAGUGGUUCAUUAGUUUUGUUCUUUUAAUAGGAUGCUUUAUUGUAUUUUAAAAUGUCGCACUACCGUUUUCAUGCAGAGAGCAUGUCUUUUUAGUUUCUAACAUAAAAUAAAAUCAUCUUUGUUAUGCCAUUCUAAUUUUUGUUCAAUGAGCCUGAUGAUGUAAAUGUAUACAAUAAAAACUGGCACACUGACUAACUUUUAUACAUUAA